AUGGACUACACGGAUGACAUCAGCCUGCUCUCCAACAACGUGGAGCCAGCUCAGGACCUCCUGAACAGAGUGGAGCUGGAGUGCGCCAAGGUUGGCCUUAGGCUAAACGCCAAGAAAACAGAGGUCAUCACCUACAACAUCUCACCGGAGCAUCAACCGCUGACAACAACUGGUGGCACUGUGCUGAAGGAAGUCGAGGACUCAUGGGUCAACUCAACCGAGCAGGACCUAAAGGUGAGGAAGGCACUCGCAUGGAGGGCCCUGAACGGCAUGACCUGUGUAUGGAACUCCAACCUCCCCGGUCAAAUCAAACUCAGCUUCUUCUAUGCAACGCUGUGUGAGAAUGACACGGAAGGCAGCCUCUUUCUUGAACUGUUUAGACUGACAGUCCUUCAAGUUACACUUCACCACGCCCCUUCAAAAGUGAGACCUCCUGGCACACGCCGCCGCAAGUCAACCAGAGAGAAGUACACCCUGAAGCGCAGACGGAGGAAACUAAACGCCCAGAUCAGUACCUUGAGGCAGGAAAACCCCGCCUCACAGAGACUGCCCAAGCUCAUCGAAGAAGUGAACCUCUUGGCCUUCGACAUCAGUGAAGCCAUCAUUAGCGACCUGGAUGCACGAGAAGCAAAAGCUGUUGGAACUGUGAAGUCAAACCCACGCUACUUCUACAGCUACGCUAAGCGGUUCUCGAAAACCAAGUCAACAGUCGCACCCCUACGCAGUGCAGACGGAGCCAUCACCAAUGACCCACAGCAGAAGGCAGAGCUGCUGCAAGACCAGUACGUCAAAGUGUUCAGUGAUCCGGAUGCAGUGAACAUUACUGAAUGCUUGGCUAACGUCCAACCUGAGCUCGAGGAAGACGUGGAACUGGAUGACUUCGAAUACACCGAAGAAGAUCUCAUCAGCGCCCUCAAGGAGCUUGAUCCUUACUCCGCGACUCCCGAUGGUGACAUCCCUGCAAGGAUUCUAGUUAGCUGCAAGGAGCAGUUGGCAACCCCCCUCAAGCUGAUGUGGACGGAAUCACUGCAAAGUGCAACCAUACCACCCUCACUGAAGACCCAAUACAUCACUCCUAUCUUCAAGAAGGGUAACAAGACGGACCCCGCCAACUACCGUCCAGUCUCGAUAACCUCACAUCUUAUGAAGACGUUUGAGAGAGUUAUUCGAAACCACAUGGUGUCUCACCUGGAAGGCAGCAAACCCAGCGAGAGUCAGCACGGCUUCAGGAAACAGAGGAGCUGCCUCACCCAGCUUAUCAGCCACGUCGACAACAUCUUAGAGUGCCUCAACAACGGAGAAGAAGUCGAUACCAUCUACCUCGACUAUGCCAAAGCGUUUGAUAAAGUAGAUCACAACAUCUUACUAGCCAAACUACGUAAAUACUAGGCCUGCAGCGGAUUCGAAUUGUAUCCGAAUCCGUUCGGUUCGUUUACCACAGUUCGGAGCAUUCUGGAGAUCCGCGGAUUUCGGUUUCAUGAAGGCAUUGCCUUAUGUAGCGUAUUUUGCCUACUGUAGCCUACGUCCGAUACAAAAGGGUGUUUAGG